UACGAGCAGUUUCUGUUUUGCGUAAUAACAUUGUAAUAAUUCGCUGGGAUAAAGCUUUGUACUUUUGGCAAACGUCCGCGUAAUUUCGCAAUGCCGAGAUAGGUGUUAAGUGUGUCCUAUAUAUGUGUGCCUCUGGUCCAUCGGUUAUAUAUAUAUGUCGUGCACACACGCGCGACCCGCGGAAUGUGCGUUGUUUUUAUAACUGUCAGUUUCACGGACGCAUCCGCGAUCGUGCAGUUAUUCGAGCUUUGGCGAGCUCCUACAACUACUCCAAGCCAGAGCCGCUCGUUAUUACAUACACCGUUUUAGUUUUAUUUAAACUUUUUUCUCGCUCAGCGCCGACUGACUUCGUGUCUGUUUGCCGUGUUACAGGUUUAUUUUUCUCUCUCACGAGUUAAGCGUCGUCUUAUCGGUCUCGAGUCCCGAUCGAGAGAUAAAUCCAAGAAAGAGUCUCGAGUGCCCCCCGAGUGAAGCUUCUUCAUAUCGUAUACGCGUACAGGGUCGACUCGUGAAUCUCGAGAGACGCGACUAAGCAUGCCGAACAAGUAUCAGAAGUUCGAAAUCAACCGGACGGAAUGGGAGGUACCGGACAGGUACGAGAUGCUCCGACCUGUUGGGUCUGGCGCCUACGGACAAGUUUGCUCCGCCUUUGAUAAAUUGUAUCGCAGGAAAGUAGCAAUUAAAAAGCUGGCCAGACCAUUCCAGUCUGAUAUUCAUGCCAAGCGAACUUUUAGAGAACUGCGCUUGCUACGUCACAUGCACCAUGAGAAUGUCAUUGGAUUACUAGAUGUUUAUAGUCCAUGUACAUCUAUGCAAGAUUUUGAAAAUGUAUAUCUAGUAACUCAUUUAAUGGGAGCUGACUUGAACAAUAUUGUUAAAACUCAAAAGCUGUCAGAUGAUCAUGUUCAAUUUUUAGUUUAUCAAAUUCUCAGAGGACUCAAGUACAUUCAUUCUGCUGGAAUUAUCCAUAGAGACCUCAAACCAUCAAACAUAGCUGUGAAUGAAGAUUGCGAGCUCAGAAUUCUUGAUUUUGGCUUAGCUAGACCAGCAGAAAAUGAAAUGACUGGUUAUGUAGCAACUAGGUGGUACAGAGCUCCUGAAAUUAUGCUCAACUGGAUGCAUUAUAAUCAAACUGUUGAUAUCUGGUCAGUUGGAUGCAUAAUGGCAGAGUUAUUAACUGGCAGAACUCUAUUUCCUGGAGUUGAUCAUAUUCAUCAAUUAAAUCUCAUUAUGGAUCUCCUUGGAACUCCUAGAGAAAAGUUCAUGAAAAAAAUAUCUUCUGAAUCAGCAAAAAGUUAUAUUGAAAGUUUGCCUCCAAUGAAGAGAAAAGAUUUCAAACAAGUUUUUCAAGGAGCUAAUCCACUAGCGAUCGAUCUUUUACAAUUGAUGUUGGAAUUGGAUCCCGAGCAAAGAAUCACUGCAGAGGUUGCUCUGAGCCACGCUUACUUUGCUCAAUAUUCGGAUCCAUCCGAUGAGCCUGUCUCGUCGCCUUACGAUCACGGCUUCGAAGAUAUGGAUCUACCUGUACAGAAAUGGAAAGAACUCAUUUUUCACGAGAUCAUAAACUUCGUGCCACAAGGUGAAUUGUAUACAUCACAAGAUAUAAGUUAAGAUUGGAAAUUUUUUAGCAGAAUGUCUACAUACAUUAUAGUUGAUGUUAUUAAUGCUAUGUAACCACAAAUAUGGAGUUAUUAAUUCCAUAAUCAAAAACACGUCGUUUUAAUUGUACAUAAUAUGAUGUUAUUUUUAAUGUUUCCGUUUUAAUUAAUGUAAUGUAAUUACCGAAUUUGUACAUUUUAAGGAAAAAAAUAUUUUUUUACACGCGAAUAGAUUUUUCAUUGUAAAUUACAUGUAUUGGAAGUAUUUGUUUUGAUGAUAAUGUACUAUAAAGAUAAUUUUAUAUGUA